AUGUUCGACUACGAUGACUUGGACAUGGCCGAGGAUGUUAAGCAGGUCGCGAUGACCGCGCCGGCACAGGAAAGCCUCAGGUCGUUGGUGGCAGACAUGAGUUCCCGGGUGGACAGCAUCAAGGCGCGAGUGGACCAGAAGGACCGAGAUCGAGUUGAAGCUCCGAAUCGCCGCAGGAAGGCAACCGAUGCUGUUUCCACGGCUUCGCUGUCAUUUGCAGAGUUCCUUGGCAUCACGCAGUCCCAAUCCAACCAGGAAGAGAGCUCUUCCAGGGGCCUUCGAGUUGCUCGCUCUCGCCCAUCCGGCAAGGAGCAGCAGAUGGUGGACUGCGAUGAGUACUUGGUCGUCUUGACGGGGGAGUUUCGGUUGGAGAAGGGAGACGAGAACAUCAUGCUCCGUGAAGGUGAUGGCAUUUUCCUUGAGGCGGGCGAGAGAGUCGUUUGGACCUGGGACCGCACCGUGCAGUUCAUCACCAUCACGCUCCCCGAGCGUACCAGACAACCAAGGACGACAGAGACUGGCAUCCAAACAGAGCCCAGCAAGGCCUGUGGUGAGAAGUUCUGGGCAGAAGCUAGCGAAAGAGGCUUGGCGAGGCGAGAGCCUGUGGGAUUGCUCAAGAGCCGCCAGGCGCCAGUACCCAUGCUCCGGAUGCCUGGAGGGUCUGGCGAGUCAGCAGACACUACCGACAUAAAGGAGUCGGAGUCGACGCCUUGUCGAAGCGAUGCUACACCAGGAUCUGGGCAUGCUUCGCCUGCCCCCGUCGAACGACAAGACGGCAGCGAAGGACCACUUCGUCACGUGACAUCACUUUCUGCAUUCGAGCAGAUAGCAGACAAAGCGGAGCGGCUGCGGCUCAGGCAGGAGAUGGAGGAGCGCGUGACAGACCGCCCGGCGCGCUACGGAGCGCGACACCUCGCAACACCGGUCGUCGUUGUGUCGUCCGAGAUGAACCCCUGGUCGAAAACAGGCGGCCUUGCCAUGGUGGUGGAAAGCUAUGCAUACGAGUUUGCGAUGCGAGGCCAUCGGACAAUGGCGGUGACACCACGUUACGGCAACUACACCAACUGCAAGCCGGUCGGCUCCACCAAGGUUUGGCUGGCUGGACAAGAGCAUGAAGUGGUUUUCUACCAUCAGCGGCAGGAUUUUGGCAAUGGCCGCGGCUGCGACUAUGUCUUCGUAGACCACAGCUGCUUCCAUCGUCCACAAGGUCUCUAUGGAGAUCCUGCCAGUGGCGAGUAUCCGGACAAUACCUUCCGAUUCUCCUUGCUAUGUCUUGCUGCCACAGAAGCUCCAUUGGUCUUGAACCUGGGUGGCUCCCUUUUCGGUCAAGAGGUCUGCUUCAUUGCCAAUGAUUGGCAGACUGGCAUGCUCCCUGCUUAUCUCUUCUACAAGUACAAACGGAAUGGCACCUACCUCAAGGCUCGAUGUCUCAUGGUGCUACACAACAUGGGGUAUCAAGGAAAAUAUCGGAUGAGCCAGCACCCGAUGGACAGGUUCUUCGGGCUUCCUUCCGAUGCCAGCAAGGACCUGGAAGGUGAAGACCUUCACUUUGGCACGGACUGUGUGAACCUUUUGGGUGCCGGCAUCCGGAUGGCGGAUCGUGUCGUGACGGUCUCACCCAACUAUGCCUUUGAGAUCCAGACACCAGAAGGCGGGCUGGGACUUCACGCGGCGCUCAAAGCAAAGGCCUCUAUGCGCAGAGUCAAGGGUAUUCUAAACGGCAUCUCCGACGAGUGGAAUCCCAUGACUGACCCCCACAUAGCAGUCCGAUACGGUGCCAGCAAUUUCGAAGACGGCAAGUUGCGUUGCAAGGCGGAGCUCCAGCGGCAACUGGGCCUGCAGCAGGAUCCCAAGCUGUGCCUCAUUGGCUUCUGCGGACGCCUUUGCUACCAGAAGGGGAUCCACCUCAUCAUGGAGUGCCUCCCGUGGCUGAUGCGCGAUGAGGGCAAUGGGGUCAACGGCUUCGUUCAGCUUGCGUUGAUGGGCAAAGGUGAUCCCAAAUACGAAGAUCAGCUCCGGUCCAUGGAGGCUUCGCAUCGUGGACGCGUUUGCGCAUUUGUUGGUUUUGACCCCGUUGUGGAACACCGCAUGAUGGCCGGAUGCGACGUCUUAUUGAUGCCCUCCCAGUACGAGCCAUGCGGCCUCCCGCAGAUGUAUGCACAGCAGUAUGCAACGAUCCCUGUUGUGCACGAGACUGGAGGUCUGAAGGACUCCGUCCGUGGCCUGUGGAACGUGGAGCACGACAGACACUGUGCUACUGGCUUCCUUUUCGGUGGCUUCGAUGCCAAUCGCCUCAAAGAGCGACUUUAUCAGGCGAUGGACAUCUUUCGGCAUCAGAGACCGCUGUGGCGGCAGAUGCAGACCAAUGCCAUCAAAAGCGAUUUCUACUGGCCACAAGCCAUCGAUGAAUAUGAAAAGAACAUCGAUCAGGUUAUGGAGGAGGAGGCUUGCUGUCGCUGA